UUGCAGGUGGUCUUCUCUCUCUCUCUCUCUCUCUCUCUCUCUCUCUCUCUCUCUCUCUCUCUCUCUCGAUAUCUCGAUAUCUGUCUGCGCGCAAAAUGGGCAUGACAAUUAAUAGACCUCGUCAAUGACCUGAGACAAUCUCUCUCACAGAAGGACAAGAAACGCACUAAAUUUUCUCCCACCGUCAUGCGUUGGUUGGCUGUCAUGUCAUUCUUGCCACCCCAUUUCAGAGGAUUCUGCGGGAAUAUAUACGGUGUAGGCAUUUUCGCAAGGGCGUUCUUUGCAGCAUCUUGAUGCGAGUGCUUCAUCUUUCUGCUCUUCUCACGUGAGCAAAGUUGCAGAGUUCAAUCAUGUGUGACAUCAUGUCAGGACCCCUUGAACGACACAUGAGGCCCAGUUUUGAAAAAUCUGAUUCUGAGGAUGAGAGGAAGACAAGGCUUGGGUCAUUGAAGAAAAAGGCCAUUAAUGCCUCUACCAAAUUUAGGCAUUCUUUGAAAAAAAGGGGUAGGAGAAAUAGCAAAGUAAUGUCUGUGACAAUAAUUGAUGAGCAUGAUGCGGAGGAAUUACAGGCAGUUGACGCAUUGCGUCAAGCUCUUAUCUUGGACGAACUGCUGCCAUCAAAAUACGAUGAUUAUCACAUGAUGCUAAGAUUUUUGAAGGCCAGGAAAUUUGAUAUUGAGAAAACAAAGCAAAUGUGGGCUGAUAUGAUCAGGUGGAGAAAGGACUUUGGCGCUGAUACAAUCAUGGAGGAUUUUGAAUUCAAGGAAGUUGACGAAGUCCGCAAAUACUAUCCUCAAGGACAUCAUGGAGUUGAUAAGGAUGGGCGGCCUGUUUAUAUUGAAAGAUUAGGCCAAGUUGAUUCUAAUAAGUUAUUGCAAGUGACAACAAUGGACCGCUACGUGAAAUACCAUGUACAGGAGUUUGAAAGGACAUUCGCUCUUAAAUUCCCAGCUUGUUCAAUUGCAGCACAAAAGCAUGUCGACCAAAGCACAACCAUCCUAGAUGUGCAGGGAGUGGGACUUAAAAAUUUCAAUAAAUCUGCAAGGGAACUUAUUACAUGCCUUCAGAAGGUUGAUGGUGAUAAUUAUCCUGAGACUCUGUGCCGCAUGUAUAUCAUUAAUGCAGGCUCUGGAUUUAGGCUCUUAUGGAAUACUGUUAAGUCAUUCCUUGAUCCCAAGACGACUUCAAAAAUCCAUGUUUUGGGUACCAAGUUUCAGAGCCAGUUGCUUGAAAUAAUUGACGCUAAUGAACUGCCGGAGUUUUUGGGUGGUACUUGUACCUGCGCAGAUAAAGGUGGCUGUAUGAAUUCUGACAAGGGCCCGUGGAAUGAUCCCGAAAUUAUUAAGAUGGUUCAUAAUGGCGAUGCCAAAUGUACAACAGAAACUGCCAGUCUGGGCUGUGAUGAGAAGACAAUUUCUGAGGAUGAGAUGGCAUGGCCAAAGAGAAGCAGUUCUUUCAACUUAGAGACAGUUUCAGAUACUAAUGAUAUGCGAACACAACCUCCCAGGAUUUCAAGGGAGUAUAAGAUGGAGCAUUGUCCACUCUCUCCAGUUUAUGAAGAAGCUCAGCUCAGAAAAUGUUGCAAAACUGCGUGUGAGUUUGACAACUUCAUUCCAAUGGUUGACAAGGUUGUGGAUGCAACAUGGUCAAAACCAAUACAAAGCAACAAAUUUGCCUUCCCUGAAGAUUGUUUCCCCGUACAUGAAACUUGCAAGGCUCCUCAAGGAAGAAGCAACCAUAUUCUCAAUGGGGUCAUGGCCUUUGUUAUGGGCCUUGUUACUUUGAUUCGCCUUACGACGAACAUGCCAAGGAAGCUUACUGAUGCCAUCCUUUGUUCUACUCCCAUGUACUGUGACACAAUGAUUAAUGACCACCCACAUCCCCAGAAGCUACCAGCACCUUCUGUUUCCCAUGCCGAUUAUUUGUCCAUCACGAAGCGCAUGGCUGAACUAGAAGACAAGGUGAUUUCUCUCAGUACAAAGCCUGCUUCCAUGCCACCUGAGAAAGAAGAAAUGUUGAAUGCUGCCAUAAACCGCGUCAGCGACCUUGAGCAACAGCUUUCAGCAACCAAGAAGGCUCUUGAGGAUGCCCUUGUUCGACAAGAGGAGCUCCUAGCAUACUUGGACAAGAAGAAGAAGAAGAAGAAGUUGAACCCAUUCAACUGGUGAGGGAAUAGGCAUCGGAUGCUCUGUGCGAUGCUCACAAUAAUAACUUGGCAGCUCUUUGAUACUGGUGGCGAUGAUGAUUUUCAGCCCCGAAUUGUUAAUAAAUUGUUUUACUUCUAUGUAUUUUUAAAAUUUUUGUUUCAAUAUAUAUAUUUUUAUCAUGUAACAUUUAAACAAAAUAAAGUAUUUUUUUUAUUUUUUAUUUUUAUGUGUAAUUUUUUUGCUUGAAGUCUGCUGGUGCUACUGUGUUUCCUUAUAGAGAAAGAGGAAGAGCCUCUACAAAUAUUUGGUUGGAUCAAUUGAAUCCAAUCUGUUCCUUGGAACUAGGUUUUGCAAUAAGCAUUUUCAUUCAAAAUACUUAAUUUAAUAGUUCUGAAAUUGUUUCAGC